CUGUGUAUGAACAUUAACAGUUCCUUAACUAUAUUCUUUCACGUAGCGUCUAAAAUCCUCACUAACAACGUGCCUUGUGUAUUAACGCAAACAUUAUAGCGUGUCAAAGGAUAACUUUCUGUAAUAUAUUAUAUACUAUGGUCCAAAAUGUGGAAUGAUGAUAUAUAUUCUGCGUAUGUGUGUUAAUUUUGUCUUUGUUUAAGUGUUACAUCUGAAGCACAUUUGGCCCUAGAUUCGAAUACAAGAGGUUAUAACAUCUAUUAUACACAUAUCUAACGAUAUGGACGCCAUUGGAAGUUAUUACAGCGAUGAAGAGCCUGUACGUACAGACUCUCAACCUAAAUCGCAGAUUAAUAAUGUUGAGACGGAACCAUUAACUGCACCAUCGCAAAAAGGAUUACCAUUAAAGGCCGACACUGUUUUUCCAACAGGAUCGGCUCCUACAUCUAACUUCGCUAAUGUAGAGACUAUGGAUCUGGAUGCCAUCUCGGAAAGCUGCAGUUCUCGGGUUCAUUCCUCUUAUCAACGUUCUCGUCUUACUUCCGUCCAAGAUCAUGGUUCUAUUACAAACGACAGCACGGUAUCAAACACUUUAAAGGCUACGUCACUUGUCGUGUCUGAUCCUUCUACAACAAAUGUGAUUUCUGUUGAACUGGGGAGUCGGAACAAUGAGACCGGGAUUGUAUCGAUUGCGGCUUCUGAGGCUGAUACCGCGCCCAUAGAAACGCAAUCAGAUCGCAUUAGGGCUAAUAUGGAAUCUGUAGCCGUUUCACGCAUGAAAUCUCAUUUGCGUGAGCACACCCGUGAUGACGGUUUGAUGGGUAUGGCCAAUUAUCCAGUUGAUCAUCCUAUGCAUCGCAACAUAUCUUUGAUCGAUCGCAAUGAGCUUGAACGUUACGGUAAGGGUGGAAACAGUUUAGCUUUGAACGGUGACACCGGCAGUGGUGUGUUUGUAACUCCCUGUGGUUUGACAGAAAAGACAUAUUUUGAUGAGACUAGUUUUGACGAUCAGAUCCGCCAGGGUGACCUGAUGGUUUCCAUGGCUCACCUUGGUGCCAAUGAUUUAAAGCGCCGUAGACGUUUAAGUGAGUCUGAGAUGGAGAGUGAGGAUAUAUUCGGCCCUUGGUUGCCUUAUGAGGAAUUUGAUCAGCCGGCUGCUGACGUACCGUCUGCUGAAACUUCAGAUGAUGCUGAACGUCGCAAGUUACCCACCUUUGAGGCGAACACACGUAAGAUGCCUCAUGCUGGUUUGGCAUUCCCUAAUUGCACUCCUGAUGUUGCUUUACCGCUUAAUGAGGUUAUUGUUGAAGACGGCAAGCAGGAGACUCGUUAUGAUGGUGUGGCUGUUUCUAGCUUCCACCGCAAGAUAGACCCCAAUUCACCACCUAUGCGUUCUUGGUUGUUACCUCCGAAGAAUCUAAAAGCUUUUGACCCUGACAAUUACAAAUCACGUUUACCCAAGCAGGAGAUUCACACAUACACUGGUCACACCAUGGCUGUGCAGGCGCUUAGGUAUAUACCACGCACAGGCCACUGCUUGUUAUCGGCUUCUAUGGACGGAUUUGUUAAGAUAUGGGACGCUAACAACAAUCGCAAGUGUUUACGUACUUACAAGGGUCACUGCAAGGGUGUGAAGGAUAUUGCUUUUGCGAAUGCCGACGGCACAAAGUUUUAUAGUUGUGGCUAUGAUUCUAAUGUAAUUCAAUGGGACACUGAGUACGGCAAGGUGGUUGGUGUCUAUAACAUGGAGGCCGCUCCGUUUUGUGUGACUGUCUAUCCCUGUGAUGAGAACAUAUUUAUUGUUGGUGGCGCUAGCAAGAAAGCAUCCCAGUAUGACGCUCGUAGUGGCAAGGUUUCUCUAGAGUACAAUGCGCAUCAAUCCAAUGUUAACACGGUAACAUUUUUUGAUGAGAACCGUCGUUUGGUGACCACUGGUGAUGAUCGUCGUAUGGCUGUUUGGGAGUAUAACAUUCCUGUCGCUAUUAAGCAGCUUUCUGACCCCUCUAUGCACAGCAUGCCUGCGGUGGUGGCUCAUCCUAGUGAGAAGUUUAUUCUUGCCCAGGCGAUGAGCAACCAGAUAUUAGUCUACGAAUCCUCAGGCUCACGUUUCCGCUUUUUUGGCGGUAAGCGUUUCAAGGGUCACUUGUGCAGUGGUUAUGCUAUACGUCCUUCGUGCUCUCCGGACGGGCGUUAUGUUGUCAGCGGUGACGCCCGUGGACGUGUAUUUCUAUGGGAUUGGAAGACUUGCCGCAAUAUCUCUACUCUUUCUGGUCACAAGUCUGUUACCAUGGAUUGCCAAUGGCAUCCGCUGCAGCCGUCACGGAUUGCUACAUGUUCGUGGGAUGGCACAAUUAAGUUAUGGGAUUGAGUCGUUGUUCAUCUGUAAUAGAUGUGUACCACCAU